AUGUCCGUGGCUACCAUGCUGCAACCUUCGAGAAUCUCCCGAGCCUCUUCGUCGUCCUCAUCCUCGUUUCAGCCUGUCGCACGACAAAACACCAUGUCGUCGCACGAUACUCGGUCGCUCCGCCAAUCCAAGCGGAUGUCGGUCACCGCACUCUACCUGUCCAUGUCCGCCAAGGACAGGGACCUGGAGAUUUCGGAUGACCUGGCACGCGCGCAAAAGCACUUGAGAGAACUCAAGUCCAAGAUCUCGUCCCAAUCUAAGAAGAAUUUCGUAUUGGAAAAGGAUGUACGAUACUUGGACUCGCGAAUUGCCCUGUUGAUUCAAAACCGCAUGGCCCUGGAGGAGCAAAACGAAGUCGCCAGCCAUCUCGACGACACCGCCGAUCCCCAAGAAGGAUUCUUUCCCAACGAUGAACGCACUCAGAAAUACGGCAAUCUGCUGUUCCUCCUGCAAUCCGAGCCCCGCCAUAUCGCCCACCUGUGCCGCCUCGUCUCCAUGGCCGAAAUCGAUUCCCUCCUCCAGACCGUCAUGUUCACCAUCUAUGGAAACCAGUACGAGAGUCGCGAAGAGCACCUGCUGCUCACCAUGUUUCAGUCGGUCCUCACCUACCAAUUCGACAACACCCCCGAGUACUCGUCCCUCCUGCGCCAGAAUACCCCCGUGUCGCGGAUGAUGACCACCUACACCCGCCGGGGUCCCGGUCAGAGUUAUCUGAAACAGGUCCUGGCGGACCGGAUCAACUCACUGAUCGAAUUGCGUGACGUGGAUCUCGAAAUCAACCCCCUGAAGGUGUACGAGUCCAUGGUGAGACAAAUCGAAGAGGAGACCGGCUCUCUGCCCGAUUACUUGGCUCGCUCGGUGACCGCCGAGGAUGCUGCAGAUAAUAAACAGGUGCAGGCCAUUAUUGCGCCGCGGCUGAAGAUGCUGACCGACAUUGCGAACGGGUUCCUGACCACGAUCAUUGAGUCCGUGGAUGAGACCCCGUAUGGUAUCCGGUGGAUCUGCAAGCAGAUUCGCAGUCUGUCGCGCCGCAAGUACCCCGACGCUCAAGACCAGACCAUCUGUACCCUGAUCGGCGGUUUCUUCUUUCUACGUUUCAUCAACCCCGCCAUUGUCACACCGCGCUCCUACAUGCUGAUCGAUGCCACUCCGACCGACAAGCCCCGCCGAACUCUGACCCUGAUUGCCAAGAUGCUGCAGAACUUGGCCAACAAGCCGUCGUACGCCAAAGAGCCCUACAUGGCGAGCCUCCAGCCUUUCAUCGAGAGCAACAAGGAGCGGGUGAACAAGUUCCUGCUGGACCUGUGCGAGGUGCAGGAUUUCUACGAGAGUCUGGAGAUGGACAACUACGUGGCUCUGUCCAAGCGGGACCUCGAGCUGCAAAUCACCCUGAACGAAAUGUACGCCACCCACGCUCUGCUGGACAAGCACAGUGCGGCCCUCGCCCAGGACCACAACUCGCACCUGGCUCUGCUCCUCCAAGAGCUGGGCACCGCGCCCGCGCAGGUGCCUCGCAAGGAGAAUCGGACCAUCACAGUGCCCCUCUUCAGUCGCUGGGAGACCGCUUUGGAUGAUCUGACCUCGGCCCUGGAUAUUACCCAGGAGGAGGUCUUCUUCAUGGAGGCCAAGUCGACAUUUGUGCAGAUUCUUCGAUCACUACCAACCAACUCCUCGGUCGCUCGCCGCCCCCUGCGUCUGGAUCGCAUUGCGGAGGCCGCCGCCACGCUCAAGAAUGACGCGGUGAUGGUGCGUAAAGGUAUUCGCACCAUGGAAUUGCUGAGCCAGCUGCAGGACAUGGGCGUGAUUGAUCGCUCCGACGAGUUCAGCCUUCUCCGGGACGAGGUGGAGCAGGAGUUGGUGCACCUCGGCUCAUUGAAGGAGAAGGUCUUGGACGAGACACGCAAACUCGAAGAGGUGUUUGCCACCAUCCGCGACCAUAAUGCUUAUUUGGUGGGCCAGCUGGAGACGUACAAAUCCUAUCUCCACAACGUCCGCAGCCAGUCCGAGGGCAAGCAGCGGAAAACACAGAAGCACCAGGAGCUGGGCCCGUACAAGUUCACUCAUCAGCAGCUGGAGAAGGAGGGCGUCAUUCGCCGCAGCAAUGUCCCCGAGAAUCGUCGGGCGAACAUCUACUUCAUGUUCAAGAGCCCGCUGCCCGGCACCUUUGUGAUCAGUCUGCACUACAAGGGUCGCGCCCGCGGCUUGCUGGAACUGGAUCUCAAGCUCGAUGACCUGCUGGAGAUGCAGAAGGAUAAUCUGGAGGACCUAGACCUGGAAUAUGUUCAGUUCAAUGUCACCAAGGUGCUCGCCCUGCUGAACAAACGAUUUGCACGCAAGAAGGGAUGGUAA